AUGGACUUCAUCACAGCUCCUUUGAUUGCUGAUCUGUUCCUUUUGGCCAUCUCAGCCAUCGGAAGACAAGAAGUCCACGAUGGUACCAUCGGUGCAAGAGGCAUUGAACCUUACGACAUCAUGCUUUUCUUCCUCUCACUGGCUUAUAUUGCGAUUUCAGUCGAUGCAUCGGGCUUGAUUAGAUGGCUUGCAUUCAAGGUCCUGCAGAAAGGAGGUAAGGUCGGACACAGACUUUACUUCUACCUAUACGCCUUCUUUUUCAGUCUUACCGCGUUCAUUGGCAAUGAUCCUAUCAUUCUAUCCGGUACCGCCUUCCUGUCGUACAUGACGCGCGUGUCCAGCAACAUCAAACAUCCUCGGGCUUGGAUUUACACUCAGUUCGCUGUCGCAAACAUUGCCUCCACUAUCCUGGUGUCCUCGAACCCCACAAAUCUGGUCCUAGCUGGAGCUUUUGGCGUCAGAUUCAUCAACUACACAGCGAACGUAAUCGUUCCCGUGCUCGUCACAGGAAUUGUCCUGUUUCCAUUCCUGCUUUACAUCAUCUUCCACGAUGAGUCGCUCAUCCCAGCAUCCAUCAAAAUGGAGGAUCUACCCGAGGAACUGAAGAACAAGAAGCCUGUCAAUCCCAAUAUUCCGUAUGCGAAGGGUGAGAACGAUGAACGAGAGCGCGAGAAGGACCCCAAUACCGACGAGGAGGAAGACAAGAAAUUGUCACUAGAAGAGAUUUUAAAUCCGUUUCUCGACAAGAAAGGCGCGAUCAUUGGUGCGUGCAUCAUGGCUGUCACGCUUAUCACUGUUCUCGCCCUCAACGCAUCCACGUCCAGCAGUGGCCACCCUCGGCCGGUCUUCUGGGUCACUUUGCCCGCAGCCGUCGUCCUGUUCUGCGUCGAUUUGACAUUUGGAUGGCUGAAUCGUAAAGAGACGCGACAAAUCGCCCAUGAGGGUAGACAAAGAGCUGAACUGGCACAGGCUGAGCGAGCUGAAGUGAGACGGAAAUCCAUCGCGCAAGUCGACGGUGAUGCCAUCGAAAUGAGCGAGUCUCCGCACUCUACUUACGCCUCUGAUGAGAAAGCUUUUACUUCUGGAGCAGCAUCAUCCAGCGCGCAAGCACCAGAAAAGACUCAGGCAUUCGACGACAGCCGCGUCUCUCCUCCUGAAGAAGGAAAGGCGCCUCAAGCAAAACAACGGACCACGCUUGUCUCUCUCGUUCGUCAUUCGUACAUGUCUGCGCAAGAGACUUUCCCCACCACAAUGACCGUCUUCCAUCACUUACCACUACCUCUCGUACCGUUCGCAUUCUGCAUGUUCGUCCUCGUGCAAGCCCUCGUCACCAAAGGCUGGGUUCCCGUCUUCGCUUACGGCUGGGAUCACUGGGUCGAGAAGACCGGAACAGUGGGCGCAGUCGGAGGCAUGGGCUUCGUGUCUGUCAUCCUUUGCAACUUCGCCGGUACGAACAUCGGCACCACGAUCCUGAUCUCCCGCGUUAUCCAAGCAUGGCAAGAAAUCCACAAACAAAACGGCAUUCCAAUCUCGGAUCGCACGUUCUGGGGCACGGUGUACAGCAUGGCCAUCGGUGUUAACUACGGGGCUUUCAGCUUGGCGUUCAGCGCGUCGCUGGCGGGUAUGCUGUGGCGCGAUAUUCUUGCACGUAAGCAUAUUCGCGUUGGUGGACUGGAGUUUGCGCGUGUCAAUUUGCCCAUUAUUGCUAUCACGAUGGUGGUUGGAUUGACGGUGCUCAUUGGUCAGAUUUACAUUGUUAGGGGUGAAGGGCCGUAUUAUAUUGCGCCUUCAUAG